CCACUGAUGAUCUCGAGGCUCAUCUUCUAUCGACGAAAAGAUCGCCACCAUAUUUGCGCGCACUGUGGCUGAGUCCGACUCGGAUGCAGCAGAACUGCGAUCUAUACCGGAGGAGCGGCUGAGCACUCAAAAAUGUCUCCAAAUCUGCGCCCAGCUGUCCGACCACAUCAAUCAGAUUCAGAUCAGACCCACAGAGAGCAGUCACAGCUCUCCCGGAUCUAUCGAUUCAGAACCCUUUCUGAAAGAGUCACCAACGAUGGCCUAGAGGGAUGCAGGGAACUCCUUCUUCAUACAACCACGACGUUGGAAAGGCAUAUGCAACUUCUAAUGGACCAACUGAUGACAAAAUCAAAGACAACCAUGAUCUCCGAGGACGAAGUUGCGGAUCUUGCACGGCUCCGGGAAGAGUGGAAUACCACCCGCCAGAGCCUUCACAUCUGCUCCGAGGCAGAGAACCGCAUAAAGGAAAACGUCAGCCUUAUUGACAACUACGCAAAGGGCGACGAGACGGUCCAAUUCUUGGUGUCAACCAGCGACAAGACCAUUCAUGGUAAAAACCGAGAUGAGUCGCUCCAGCAGUUAUCACGGGACAUCUCGAGUAUUAGCAACACGGCUGAUAAGUUUAUAAUCAAAUAA